GGCGGGGCGUCGGGCCGGGCCGUGACGUCACUCCCGCGGGCUCCGGGAGGACGCGGACAUGGCGGCCAGCAGCUCUUCCGGCCUCGCGCAGGGCGCCGGCCCGUCGUCCAGCACCCAGCCAUCCUCGGCCUUCCCCCUCCCCGCUGCUGGGGCCAGCUACGCCAUGCAGUCCACCCCUGGAACCGAGAGCACCGCCAGCCGGGCCCUGGCCCCUGCCACCCAGCCGCCUGCACCCGGAGGAGGAGUCCCAGAGGGGUAUGGCUGCUCCCAGCCCCGCGCCAGCCAGGACUCCACAUCCAACAGCCAGCCCCAGGGCCCUGUGCCCGUGGCCACUGCUGCAUCCACCCACCAGGAGGAUGGUCACAGCUGCCGAGAGUCUAAGGGGACCAGGAGCCGCGAGGACACACUGCAGCAGCCAGACGCAGCCUCGCUCUGCCGGCCAGGCCCAAGCUCUCACCGCUCCGACCGCCCACCGAAGCCCCAGCGGGCCCCGCAGAAGCAGCAGGCGUCCCCGACGGAUCCCCUGGGCUCGGACUCCUGGGGUGGCCCAGGCCUCGGGCCCUGGGACCCCAGCUUUACCAGCGACGCGCUGCCGCCGUUCCUGGACAGGCUGCCGAAGCCCCAGGCGGGCCCCAGGCCGCCCUCCAUGCACUACUGCGAGGUCUGCAGGGUCAGCUGCGCGGGGCCACAGACCUAUCGGGACCACCUGGAAGGACAGAAGCACCGGAAGAAGCAAGCAGCUCAGAGGACGGGGACACAGCCCAGCGGAGGUCCGAGAGGGGCCCAGAGCCUGCACUGCGGCCUCUGUGCCGUGUCCUGCACCGGGGUGGACGCCUACGCUGCCCACAUGAGGGGAGCCAGGCACCAGAAGGUUUUCAAGCUGCACACCAGGCUGGGGAAGCCUAUUCCCUCCGAGCCCACGCCGCGGAGUGUCACCUACACCCGAGGUGCGGACACCUCCGAGGCCUCAGUUAAGCAGGAGGCUCACACCAGUCACAGCUCACACACCUCAGGCCGGCCUGCACCAGCCAGAGGAUCAACAGCCUCACGAAAGGGGCCGCCUGAGCUGCAGACAGUGCACAGCCGACCUGGAGAAAAGCGACCAUCACACUCCAAGGCGGAGGCCACCAGGGGAGGCCCUGGGGAAGCUUCGGGGACCUGUGGGGACGUUGAGCCAGUGGGCACAGAGUACGUGGAAGAGGUCUGCAGUGACGAGGGGAAGGUGAUCCGCUUCCGAUGCAAGCUCUGCGAAUGCAGCUUCAAUGACCGCAACGCCAGGGACAUGCACCUGACUGGACGCAGGCACCGGCUGCAGUACAGGAAGAAAGUGGACCCUUCACUUCCGGUGGCCGCCCGGCCCAGCGGCCCCAUGCAGAGGGUGCUGGUCAAGCGGCUGCAGAGGCAGCGGCAGCUGGCGCAGGAGAGACUGGAGGAUGCACGGCGCUGGAGCUCUGAGCUAAGACAGCAGGAAGAACAGAGCAGGCAGCCUGAGGAGCCCUCACAGCCCCAGGAGGAUGAGCAGUCACCCAUGUUACCUGCCUGGGUCUUGCCAGCUCCCACUGCCAAACCAGGGAUGGCCACCGCCCGGCGCCAGUCGGGGCGCCGGCCAGAGAGCAGUGACGACCGACAUGUCAUGUGCAAGCAUGCCUCCAUCUACCCCACCGAGGAGGAGCUGCAGGCCAUCCAGACGGCAGUGUCCCACACAGAACGCGCCCUCAGACUGGUGUCAGACACGCUGGCCGAGGAGAGCAACCAGCAUGGCACCCUGGCACCUCCACAACCACGGAUGCUCAAGGGUGUGGUGCGGGUUGGCAUCCUGGCCAAGGGCCUGGUCCUGCGUGGGGACCACAGUGUGCAGCUGACCCUGCUGUGCUCCAAGAAGCCCACGCACUCCCUGCUGCAGAGGAUCAAGCAGGAACUGCCCCGAGAACUGUCGAUAGUGGCGGAAGAAAAGUAUGAAGUCUCAUCUGACCACGAUGCCAACAUCGUUAUCUCGGCCUGUGUGGAGCCUGGGGUGAAGGUCACUGUGUCUGCCACCUCGCCUCUGAUGCGCGAAGACCCCUCUGUGAAACGAGGACUGCAAGACUCUCUGUCCGACCCGGAGGACGUCCUGGAUCGGGAGAGGUGCCUCGAGACCCUGGCAGCCCUCCGCCACGCCAAGUGGUUCCAGGCCCGCGCCAGCGGCCUGCAGCCAUGCGUGAUUGUCAUCCGGGUUCUGCGGGAGCUGUGCCGCUGCCUGCCCCCCUGGGGGGCCCUGCCCGCCUGGGCCAUGGAGCUGCUGGUGGAGAAGGUGCUGAGCAGUGCACCCCGGCCCUUGAGCCCAGGGGAUGCUAUGCGGAGGGUCCUGGAGUAUGUGGCCACAGGCGCGCUCCUGACAGAUGGCCCAGGGCUACAGGACCCCUGUGAGAAAGGCCCACAGGACGCCCUGGAGCCCAUGACCCCACAGCAGCGAGAAGACCUGACCGCCAGUGCACAGCGUGCCCUGCGUCUCGUGGCUUUCCGGCAGAUACACAAGGUCCUUCACAUGGAACAGUUACCUCCACGGACCAGAUUUGGGGCCCGGGCACGGAAGAGGAUGAGGGAGGCUAGUCAGGCCCAGGAGGGCCCUGGGGAGAGGAAGCGUGGCCGGCAGGGCACAGCGGGGCUGCCAUGAGCCAGCCAUCACCACAGGCCUGAGUUGGCGUGGGCCCUCCGGCUGCUGGUUCCUCCUGAUGUGGGACACCUUUGCCAUUGGGUCUGUAGGUGUAUUCACAAUGCUGUGGUGACCCCCAUGCCCAUGGCUCUGCCACCCCCACCUCCACCCCCCAGCCAGGGAGCAGCGACCUCCACUCCUUGGUACUAAUUGCAGUUUGAAACUCCC